AUGCCCGUCGGAUCGAUCCCUGCUAUCACCGGAAAGUUGCGCAAGCGACUCAUCCUCGACCUCACCGUCGCCCUCGGCGGUGGCACCGUCCUUGGUUAUGGCUACUGGUACGGCGUUCACAUCCCCUCCGUUUCGCGCCGUGACGCCUUCUACGCCAAGCUCCAGUCCGAGCGCACCGAGUAA